CUGCUGAACGCAAAUCUUUCUAACUGGAAAACGGCAAGAUUUAUUCUUGAAAAUCUUCCUUAAAGAAAAUGUUAUUAUUAUUGUGUGCGAGAUUUUUCUAUGAAAAACUAUAGUAUGUGUAAUAUGAAUUAUAGUUUUUUAUCGAAAUAUUGUAUGCGAUGUUUUUCAAGAAUACGGCUCCAGACUUAUAUCGGUAACUGCUGAAGAUGGACGUGACAUUGUUGAUAUUUAUCGCCUCGGCAAUCCUCGCACUAAUUAUUAUUUGUACUGUCUUUCUGCAACAUAAAUCUGAUACUCAACAGAGGCAAGCUAACAUUCAUGAUGCUACAGCACAAGGUCGACCAGUUAGGAGAGCAGCUGGUGUUAGAAAUACUAGGCAUCGUAUGCAAGGAAAUAUUAAUCAUCAACAGCAUGAGGAGGACAACAGAAUAGUCGAAGAUAAUGAAGAUACGCAUGACAAGAUAGAAGUACCUGAUUAUAGGUUGGGAGCAAAGAAGAGAGCAAAGCUAGCAGCCAAGGCAGAGAAGAAGUUACAGCGAGAGGCAGCUGAACGAGACAGAGAAGAGCGUAAGAAACGAGAACAACUUGCUCAAGAGGAGAAGGAUAAGCAGGCUGAGAGAGAACGUACAGAGCAAUUGCGAACAGAAGAAGCUGAGAGAAAGGCUAGAGAGGAAAAGGAGAAAAGAGAGCACGAGGAAUAUUUGAAAAUGAAAGAGGCAUUUAGUAUAGAAGAGGAAGGUUACCAGGACCAGAAUAAAGAGGACGAAGAGAACUUAUUGCAAGAAUUUAUCCAGUACAUAAAACAGAAUAAAGUGUUGGUUUUGGAGGAUCUGGCCGCACAUUUCGGCCUAAAGACGGUUAGUGUAGUAGAAAGAAUUCAAGAAUUGCAAACGAAUGAUAGGUUAACUGGAGUUAUUGAUGACAGAGGGAAAUUUAUUUAUAUUUCAGAGGAUGAACUUCACGCGGUUGUUAGGUUUAUACGACAACGUGGUAGAGUUAGUAUCGCUGAAUUGGUUGAGAACUCAAAUAAUUUAAUUAAUUUAGCACCUAUAAAGAGCUGUAGCGUUUCUUCGUUCGUUAAAUAAUCGUUAUGUUAAGUUAGGCAUAUAUAGGUGUUUUCUUUAGUACUGCCCAAUAUUUUAGUUGAUUUUUAAGAUUUUAUGAAAAAGGGCAGAUGAAUGUAUGAUCUCAAGGGUCUCGUUUCAGAGAUACAGGAUGUUAAAAAUUCUACAUUGAAACUUAUGAACUAAUGGUUUUUCUGUCAACAAUAUUUUUUUAGUUAAUAAAAUAAUAGUCCGCAGAAAA